GUGUUAUCAGUAGAUUAACACCGUUUUAGUCUUGCGUUGCACAAUGCUAAGUAUACCUUUUUAUUUAUUUAUUUAUUUAUGGAUUAUUUUGUGUAGUAUCUUUUAAAUCGCUAUACAAAUCAGGUUAAUUAUUAUUAUUUGUCUAUUUACUUUCUUUCUUUCUUUUAUCUACUCAUCCAUCUAUUUAUUUUUCUAUGUAUAUAUUUAUUCAUCUAUUUACCUAAAUACAUUAAUCUCUUUCAUAGUGCUGAAUCCAGUCAAAUGUCCUGCCAGUGAGGCCUGUUGAAAUGUGAGACUGGCCGGGUGGAUGAGUGGGCGGGCUCUCUGUCAGCUGCAGGUGACCCCUCACAGGCUCAAGGUGCUCGUGUGUCAGUCAAAAGGGCUCAUUCAUCGUUGGUGGAGCGGGACGCGUCCCACCUGGCUCUGGGAUGACAACCAAAAUCAUCCAUUUCAUGGUCAACGGGACACUGGAGAAGGCCGAGUUCGAGGCCGACUGCUCUGCUGCAGACGUGAAAGAUGUGUUCCGGGCGGCGGCGGAGGCGGGGCCUCACCACAUCCUGAAGCUGUACAGCGUGGACGGCGGCGUGCUGAACAUCUCCCCCCUGCUGGAGGCCAACGGCGAGGACUCGUACUACCGACUGGAGGUGGUGGCGUCCGACCUGAAGAGUGUGGGGAUGCCAAAUGAGCUGGACACCAUGGAGCACAGGCUGCAUCAUCUGGAGAGCAGAGUCAUGGAAGACGUGGGCCAGACUCCGGAGGUCGUGUGCGACCUGAAGAGCCAAGUGGAGUCCUUCAAGAGGAAGCUGGAGAGCGUGAAGCACCUGAGCUGGAUGGAGCUCUUCAAGGAGGACGGAGACCACCAGUCCUCCCCGAAGCCCAGGAGCUCCCUGCUGAGCGUGCAGGAGGAGCACCAGCAGGUCCGCAGGAAGUUCCUCAACAUGAGCUCGCUGCAGGUGACGGAGGAAGUGAGGGAGCAUCUGAAAACGCCCACUUUUGACAACUGGCAGUGGGAGGAGGCGGAGAUGCUGGUGCUCCUGCAGGUGAUGUUCACCGACCUGGACUUCCUGACGGCGUUCCACAUCCAGCUGGACGUCCUGCAGAACUUCCUGUUCCAGGUCUUCUGCCACUACAACAACAUCCCCUUCCACAACUUCAGGCACUGCUUCUGCGUCACUCAGAUGAUGUACGGCCUCAUCUGGCUGACGGACCUGAAGAGUAAAGUCUCCAGAAUCGACCUGCUGGUCAUGUUGACCUCGGCUCUGUGCCACGACCUCGACCACCCGGGCUACAACAACGUCUUCCAGAUCAACGCUCAGACCGACUUAGCUCUUCGCUACAACGACAUUUCCCCGCUGGAGAACCACCACUGUGCCGUGGCCUUCGGCAUCAUGUCCGAGCCAGAGUGCAACAUCCUGAAGAACCUGAGCAGCGACCAGUAUAAACACAUCCGGGGAGGAAUGAUCCGAUGCAUUCUGGCCACCGACAUGGCGAGACACAACGAGAUCCUCCACAAAUUCAAGAGCAUCCAGCCGGUCUUCAACUUCACCAACAAGGAGCACAAGGAAGUGCUGAUGAAGAUCAUGGUGAAGGUGAGCGACAUCUCCAACGAGGCGCGGCCGAUGGCCGUGGCCGAGCCGUGGCUGGACUGCCUGCUGCAGGAGUUCUUCAACCAGAGCGACACAGAGAAGCUCAAGGGGCUCCCCGUGGCUCCUUUCAUGGACCGAGACAAAGUGUCCAAACCGUCCUCUCAGACCGGCUUCAUCCGGUUCGUCCUCCUGCCGCUCUUCACGGAGAUCACCAAGCUGUUCCCCUGUCUGGAGGAACACAUUCUGGAGCCGGUGAGACGAGCUCUGGACUUCUACUCCGACCUGGAGAGAGCCGGCAAGCAGCAGCAGGAGGAGGAGAAGCAGGGGGAGCAGGAGGAGCAGGGGAGGAGCUCCGCAGGAGGAGCAGUCCUCUAGUCCAGAAAGCUUUCAGCUGACUUCUCCAGCUGUCUGUCAGAGGGUCUGACAUCUGCAAAAGGACUUCGAUGUUUUAUAAAUAGCAGUUUUUAUGAAUAUUUUAAGCUUUUAAAAACAAACAUUUAAUUUAUUUUCUUGGGUAGUUUGGCUGAUAGUCAUUUAUCUUUUAAAUGGCCUAAAAGUCAUUAUAUAGACAAAUGUGUAUUAUUUCACCUUUUUUCAGUGUGUUUUUACAGAUGAAUAUUUUUAAUGGAGAAGUUAAUAUUUCCUGUUUUUCUUUCCUAGGUUUAUGUAACUGAUGUUUUUUUAAUGGUCAAACUCAAAAAAAAAGCUUCACGAUGAAAAACACCGCCACAAAAAGAAGUAUUUUUUUUUUCAACAUUGUUUAUUUUUCAAUCACUUCAUUUACAAAUUAAAAAAUAAGA